AUGGCCACCAUGUCGCUUCAAGCUCUCUCGUCCGCCUCCACCCUCGCCCCAACGCCGUCUCUUCGCACCACCUCGCCGAACUCCCAUCGCAAGGCCUCCGCCACUGCGGUUUCGUCGAAGAGGAAUGUCGUGCGCGCUGUCAAGAGUGACAGUACCGAGGGCGGUCACGAGCAGGACGGCGCCUCGUGGGGGGAGCAAUGGCGGCAGCAGCACGCGGCGGCGGCGGUAGCGCUGGCGGCGGCAGCUGCUGUGGCGGGCCCUUUUGUGCCCGACGCCGCAUUGGCAUACAUCGGAGGAGGUCCGUAUGGGCGCGAGGUGACACGUGGCCAGGACCUGACGGGGCGGGACUACAGCGGGCUGGACCUGCGCGGGCAGGACUUCAAAACGUCCAUUCUCCGCCAGGCGAAUUUCGCCGGGGCGAAUCUCGUAGGGGCUUCUUUCUUCGACGCCGACCUCACAGGAGCGGACUUCACGGGUGCCAAUCUCACUGGUGCUGACUUCUCGCUCACUAGCGCAAACAAGGCCAACUUUACGAACGCCAUUCUGGAGGGCAUUUCAUUCACUGGCAACACGUCCUUCAAAGGCGCUAUCAUCACCGGCGCUGAUUUCACAGACGUGUAUUUCCGAGCGGACCAAAAGGCAUACCUGUGCAGAGCUGCUGAGGGGUGA